CUCGUCGCGGGGAUCGGCGCUGAUACGGUGACUGUGCUGUGAGGAGCAGGUUGCAGACACGGACGCGCUACACUGUUAACCGCCCACGGAGUACAUAAAGCCGCGUCUCCACGGCCGAAAGCUGAGCGUUGUUAGCCGUGGAGGACUGCGGCGGGACCUCUGACAUUUCACCGGCCGCUGGGCUUCAUGGAGUCUCCGGUCUGAACACUGCACAAAUGCUGGGAGUCCCGUGCUGACUGUGUGGAAGGAGAGGAUAAAAAAGCGGGAGAGCAAAGGUGGAAGAAAAUGAUUAAAGGAGACUGGACACACCGGUCAUCAAUGGGCGAGAAAGAGGAUGAGCGUACGGCUCAGGCCAGCCAGCUAUUUGAGAACUUUGUCCAGGCAUCUACCUGUAAAGGGACUCUGCAGGCUUUCAGCAUCCUCUGCAGGCAGUUGGAGCUGGAUCCACUGGACCACAGCAACUUCUAUAACUCACUGAAGGCGGCAGUCAGCUCCUGGAAAGUCAAAGCCCUUUGGACCAAACUGGACAAGAGAGCUCAGCAAAAGGUCUACAACCAGAAUAAGGCCUGCCAAGGCACGAGGUGUUUGAUCAUCGGCGGCGGUCCGUGUGGCCUUCGGAUGGCCAUCGAGCUGACUCUGCUGGGCUGCAAGGUGGUGGUGAUUGAAAAAAGAGACACCUUCUCCAGGAACAAUGUGCUCCACCUUUGGCCCUACACCAUCCACGACCUCAGGGGACUCGGGGCCAAGAAGUUCUACGGAAAGUUCUGCGCCGGCGCCAUCGACCACAUCAGUAUCCGCCAGCUUCAACUGAUGCUUGUAAAAGUGAGCUUGAUCCUUGGUGUCGAGAUUCACGUCAAUGUUGAGUUCAUCAAACUGCUGGAGCCACCAGAGGAGCAGACAGAUGUGGGUCAUGGUUGGCGGGCAGAGAUCCGACCUUCUGGCCAUCCUGUCUCGGACUUUGAAUUUGACGUGGUGAUUGGAGCUGACGGACGCAGAAGCACAUUAGAUGGUUUCAGGCGCAAGGAGUUUCGUGGGAAGCUGGCCAUCGCUAUAACGGCUAACUUUGUCAAUAGGAACACAACAGCAGAGGCCAAAGUAGAAGAAAUAAGUGGCGUGGCCUUCAUCUUUAACCAAAAGUUCUUUCUGGAACUCAAAGAGGAGACGGGAAUCGACCUGGAGAACAUAGUUUACUACAAAGACAACACCCACUACUUUGUCAUGACUGCAAAAAAGCAGAGCCUGCUGGACAAAGGGGUCAUCAUUAAUGAUCACAUGGAAACUGAACGGCUUCUGAGUCCUGACAACGUCAAUCAGGAAGCGUUGCUCUCAUAUGCUCGUGAAGCGGCUGAUUUUGGCACCAACUACCAGCUGCCGUCCCUGGACUACGCCAUCAACCACUACGGACAGCCGGAUGUAGCCAUGUUUGACUUCACCUGCAUGUACGCCUCAGAAAACGCCGCCUUGAUCAGGGAGAAACAUGGACACCAGCUGCUGGUUGCGCUGGUGGGAGAUAGUUUGCUUGAGGUAUGAGAAGUUGUAGCGUUCCCUUUUCAUUGACAGUCGCUCGGUUUCUCCCUCUGCUCAGGUUAAGCGUCUGCGUGUCAUCCUUGACGGCGCACUGUCCGUCCAUCCUCACGUCGUACUUUGAUCUUCGUAACAUUAAUCGCUUCCAUCCGUCUCACCCAACAGUACUGCCGUCUCCGCGCCUCCUGAUUUUUGUGCUUCCAGGUGCGUCACCUGUUCCUUGAUGGUCAUCAGGGACCAGGUCAGAUAGAAAGAGGAGGACCAGCACGUCGAUCAGUCAACCUGUCCAGGAAAGAGUCUGAGGUCCAUCCAGGCCGCCUGCUGAACUGGUGUCAGAGGCAGACUCAUGGGUACAAGGGAGUCGAUGUCACCAACCUCGCCUCUUCCUGGAGGAAUGGCCUGGCCCUCUGUGCUCUCAUCCAUCGGCAGAAGCCUGAGCUCAUUGAUUAUGACUCUCUGAACGAGGAGGACGUGGCGGGGAACAAUCAGCUGGCGUUUGAUGUGGCUGAGCGAGAGUUUGGCAUCCAACCGGUGACGACAGGAAAGGAGAUGGCUGCAGAUUCUCAACCCGAUAAGCUGCUGAUGGUCCUGUACCUUUCCAAGUUCUACGAGGCCUUCAGGAACUUGCCAGCAAACAAAGUUUCCAGAGAAGGAGAUGAAAAUGGUGAAGAUUAUCAAUCUAAAACCAACCACAAGGCGCUAAACCUGCCUCAGCCCAGAAAGAGGAUUCCCGGGGAUGACAAGAAACUGGAGGAAGAUUCUGAUAACAAGAAACGGCGAAAGGGCAACCACUACCUCACAGAGUUGUCCUGUCACAGUGCUCCCCCUGCUGGUGAGGAUGGGGAACAACGGGAGAACAAAGUCCGCUCCAUGGCAACUCAGCUGCUGGCCAAAUUUGAGGAGAACUCUGCAACAGUAAAGGCUCGAACAAAGGACCCAUCAGAUCCAUCCUAUUCUCCUGCUCAGUCUCCUCCAACUUCCCCACUUCCUUCAUCGGAUGAGGAAGAUGGGGAAGUGGAGAGAGAAAAUCCCCGUUUUGCAAAGCCCAAAGAUGACACUCCUCCUCCUCCUAGUCUGCUUCCCACUCGCCCCAAGUGGCAGCCUUCCAUCUACCUUCAGUUGCUUGAGAAUCCCGCUACUUUCCUCUCCUCCCCCGAAUUCUCUCACACUCGGCGCGCCUGCAGUCGGUCUCCAUCGCCCCCGCGCUCAAAGAGCCCGUUGAGUCCUCCUCGCUCACUGAGCCCUGACUCUCCUGAACAUUACUACCCAGAACGCACCUCUCCAGACCUCUCACCUAUUCGUCUUUCUCCCUCUCCUCGGUCUGCUCUGGGUGUUGGGCAGUCCUCUGAGAGAUCAGGGGGGGUUAUGCGGCAGAGUAAAGACCAGAGACUGUCUGCUAGGGACUUUUCCAGGAGGAGUAUAAAAGAGAGAGCUAGCCUCCUCUCCUCCAUGUUUCCAGGCUCGAGCAGAUCACCCUCAGCAGCUCCUCUUUGUCUACCGCAGGUGGAAUCAUCCAUUUCCUCUCCUCCCUCCUUGUCAACACCUCCUGUUGUUCUGUCUAUACCUAAGAGCUCCACCAUCUACCCUGUGGUCCACCCUGUCCCUGACCCCACAGCCCAGGCUGGUUUCUCCUCUGUCCCACUUUGCACUCCUGGACACAAGGACAAGACACACACUCCCUCUUCCACUGACUCUGAAAAAACACAGGAAAUCUGUUCACUUCAUCCUGAUUCCUCUGCACCCAACAGCGAAACAUUUGCUGCUCUUUCCUUGCCUUGCUUUGGGACCCAAAAGAGCUCCUCUCCGCUCUCGGACGCUGGCUGUGAACGUGAACAGAGCGGCUCGUCAGGCCUCGAAGCUUCUCUGCUGCACGAGCAGAGUCACUCGGAGAGGUCUGGUCCUGAGGGCCUCAGGAGAAUCGUUCCAAAGUCACUCGCUCGCUCUAUAAGUUGUCCGACUGGGGCUCCUCGUUACAGCAAAGAGCGUACAGUUGGAAAGGUAUCAUCAGCCAUAGAUGCUAAAGCUCAGAAACUGGCCAUCCUCUAUGAGACAGACCACAGGCCCAGUGCUCCACCGGUAAGAUGCAUGUGGAUUUACAUGAAAAGAAUAGCAGUGUUAGAGCAUCGGUAUGAAACAGAACCCCAACGUCGUGUCGCACCCUCGUCCAUGGACGGCGGGAGCUACACCACCGCCACCACGGGCAGCACCCAGCUGCAACCCCCAGACGAGGCCUCCAGUUCACUCUCUGAACCACUUGAUAAAAAAGUUCCCGUGGAUGUGGCAGUGGAAGCUCACGAUGCUUCCUGUUUAGUAAAACCCAAAACGCAAGAUACCGCCGCAGCAAAAGGUCAAAGCCAGGACUCCUCCAAAGAUCACUGUAACCCCAAACACAAACACAACAGAUGGAAGCGGAAAAUUCGAGCAACCUUCCCUCUGCUUUUCAUCAAGCGCUAUCCCAAAAGCUCACAGCCGGACAAAGACGGACCUGAUACCGUCCCUGAAGCCGACUCUGACUAUGAGGAGAUCACUUCAGCAGAAAAACAACCUCACUCGGACAGCAGUUCCAAGACAUCAGUGGAUACCCUGAAUCCUCCAGAGGUAAAUGAGACGAGUGAGGAGCGCUCGGCCGUCUGCGGAACAUCUACGCCAAGGAAACGCUUGGCCUUGUCCUUUUCUGCCAAAGAGAAGCUUCUGAACUGGGACGUGGAGGUCAACCCAGAGGAAACUCCCGUUAGCACAACCACCGAAAACGCACCACAACAUAAGGACCAGGUACAGGCAGAGGCACAACUAGAUGAGCCUCGGAGAAACUCGAUCCAGAGCGGGGAGGCUUCCCCGAGCCAAACUUCAGCUUCAUCCCCCUCAGCCUUCCAGGCUAUAGCCAACGCCUUCAGGAGGACAUUUAGCGGGACCAAUCAACUCAGCAGCUCCAACGCUGCAGUCAUAAUGAGACCUAAACACGACGCUCCCCGCAAACGGAGGCCCAUGUCCGAGGGAGCGUUUAGCUUUAGCUCACGCUUCAGUGCCAUAGCGCCAGAGUCAUCCCGAGAGGACCGGGCCAGCAUGCGCGAAGCUCAUUGGGCAGAUCCAUGGGGGGCGGGGCAGGACCUGCCUUCCCUGUUGCAGCAGGUGUCCUUAAAGGGCCGUAAAGACUCUGGAGAGGUGUUCGCUGAUAAGAUUGGCCCAUUUGCACGCAAAAGGGUCAACUUGUUCUCUUCCUUGAGGCUGAGGAAGAGGGAAUUGUCUGGGAGUGAAGGGAAAGACCAGGAGGUUCAAAAGGAAAUCACAAACAUCCUCUCUAACAUCAGAAACAAAGGAUCACAUCUAACUACACGUGUCAUACGGCGACGUCGUUGCAUUGCACAGGUGAUCCAGAGACAGUUGGAGGAAGUCGGAGAAAAGCAGAGGGACCUGGAGGAGAGAGGAGUGGCCAUAGAAAAGAUCAUAAGAGGAGAAACAGAAUCUCCUCAGACGGACGACAAUGACGAGGCCCAGCUCUAUCAGUCCUGGUUUAAGCUCGUCCUAGAGAAGAACAGAUUGGCACGCUAUGAGUCUGAACUCAUGAUCUUCGCUCAGGAGCUGGAGCUGGAGGACACACAGAGUCGGCUGCAGCAGGAUCUGCGGCGCAAAAUGGCAGUAGAGGAUACAAAGAAGAGUGCCUCAGAGCUGCAGGAGGAACAGGUGAUCCUCGCAGAGAUCAUGAGAACAGUGGAGAAACGAGACAUGUUGGUUUCUAUUCUGGAGGAGCAGAGGGUCAAGGAGAGGGCUGAGGACAGGGACCUCGAGAGCCUUGUGCUCUCCAAGGGCUAUGAGUUCCACUGGGCCCGCAUGGAUGAUAGCUGGGGCCAAGAGAACCAGGAGUGAUGGCUGAAAACCGAGGAUCUCACUCCGAAGAGGACAGAUUAGAAGGAAAACAGGUUCCCACAAUAGUUUGCUUGUGGCUUUUUUUUUGCAAAGCUAUAAGUCUGAAAAAUGUGGAUGGAAUCUUGAAACACUGACGAAGAUUGUAAGACUUGAUCGUGUUAGAAAGAAUGGAAAUUGACUCUUAGAUAAUGGCUUCCCGUAUAGCCACGAGGGUUAAUAACCUCUCUGCCAACUUUUCUCAUCACUCAGAAGUGUAACUGCAAUGUCCCAUGCUGAUACUGACCUGAAACUUGAUGUAUGAUAUGCUUAACCACCUCCGAUAAUGUGAGCCGCUGCCUUGAAUGCCGGCACUCAUCAUAAACCAAACUGCCUUAUUUGUGGCCGCUAGCCAUAAGAGUGGACUUGUUGCGGCAGAUUGGUUAUUACUGUAACACUGUAUCUUCACUGGAUAGCACAUGGAAGGAGUCAAAAGUUUUUCUGGAGACUCUUGCACAGCGUGAAUUGUUAUAAAACCAGAAAAAUGCUUUAAGUAUUUCACUAUGAGUCACUUUAUGUGCAGCCUUGUUUGUGACUGUAAACUCUUGUGCAUAUUUUAAAUUUAUUCACUUUUCUUUGGAUCAAAUAAAAUAUAUUUGUAUGUA